GCCGCCAUGAAGAAGGUGAAGAGGCGGAAGGAGGAGGAGCUGGAGAAGGAACGAAACCGAGGCAUUGGGAAACCCCUGCUAGGAGGGCCCUUCUCACUCGUCAGCCAUGAGGGACAGCCCAAGACCAGCAAGGACUACAUCGGCCAGUGGGUGCUGAUCUACUUCGGCUUUACACACUGCCCUGACAUCUGUCCUGAUGAACUGGAGAAAAUGAUUGAAGUGGUAGAUGAAAUUGAUAGAAUUCCAUCUUUGCCUAAUCUGACCCCGCUCUUCAUCACCAUUGAUCCUGAGAGGGACAACAAAGAAGCCAUUGCCAGAUAUGUUAAAGAAUUUUCUCCGAAGCUGAUUGGAUUGACUGGUACGAAGGCACAGAUUGACCAAGUGGCCAAAGCUUACCGUGUGUAUUACAGCGAAGGUCCCAAAGACGAAGACGACGAUUACAUAGUGGAUCACACAAUAAUAAUGUACCUCCUUGGGCCAGAUGGUGACUUUGUGGACUAUUACGGCCAGAAUAAGAGGAGCACUGAGAUUGCUGCUUCUAUUGCUGCACACAUGAGAAAGUACAGAUCCUAA